GUAAAAAUUGAUGAAAAAAGUAGUUUAAUUGGACAAUUUUGUAUAGUGGGCGUUUAGUGCAACGUUCGCUGAUUGCCAGCGUUGGCCCUAAAUUGAAUCAAUGCUGGCUUGCCACUUGCAAAACGUUGCUGCGCCAGCACUGGCUUGCGUAUAGUGGCCCUUUGAAAAACCAAUGAACAACCCGGCGCUGGCGAAAAAUGUGCUGAGUCUAAUGAUGAGCAUCAAAUAAAAGAAAUGGAAAUAGAACUUGAAAAUUGUACUGGAUUAAGUUUUGAACGUUCAGGAAAAGCGGAUAGUGAAUGUGUUGAUAAAACUAAUGUUUUUGAUUGGGUGGUUUGUGCUGGCAUGAUUGAAAAACUUGUUUCUAGCUUUAAGGAAUGUAGUCAACUUUUAACAAAACUUAAAACAGAUUUUGAACUAAACCCAAUAUCAUUUUUAGUAGAAAUUUCGCAUAUUAUAAGUUUAAUUAAAAAUGAAUCUACACAAUAUUUCUUGACAACAGAAGAAGUUUUGAAUAACUUAUUAGCUAAUGAUGCAAUUGAAUCUGGAAAUAUUUCCAAUAGUAUACCUGAACAUGAUCCUGGAAAGAGAGAAAUUGUAAAACCCUCAGCUCAAAGAAAGUAUCUUUUAAGUCUUGGACCUUACCAACCUAAAUUGGCUAAAUAUCCAAAAAACGUUAAUAUUUCAUCUGACAAACAAUGUCAGUUUACUUCACUAUGGUUCAAUGAAUUUCCACAUUUAGAAUACAGCAUUCAAAAAGACGCAGCAUUUUGUUUUAUUUGUUCUCUAUUUCCCAAUGGACCAGAUAGAGUUUUUUCCGAUAUGGCAUGGGUUCAAGAUGGUGUUCGAAGUUGGCAUCAAAUAUAAAGUAGAGGUAAAAAAAAACAGGGUAAACUUAAACAACAUUAUUCUUCAAAAUCACAUAACUCAGCACUUAUUGAUUUUCGAAAUUUUUUGACUUCAUCCAACCAUAUUGACUGUAUUCUCAACAAGGUAAACAGAAAAGAAGCAAUUGAAAUAGAACAUAAAAAAUUGUUUCAUAAAGAAGUGAUUACUAUAUUAUUAGAUAUUACUCGUACUCUAGCACGUCAAGGUCUUGCAUUGCGCGGAGAUGCUGAUGAAGAAAAUAGUAAUUUUAAUCAAAUAGUUUUAUUAAUAUCUCGACAUAAUCCAACCCUGAAAACCUGGAUUAAUGAUAAAAAGUUUAGAAAAAAUAAAGUUACUUAUCUUUUCCAUGAUUCUCAAAAUGAAUUCAUUAACUUAUUAGCAGAUGAAACCAAGAGAACAAUUAUAGAGCAAGUAAAAAAAUCUGAAUUUAUUUCUGUGUUGGCAUAUACAACGCCCGAUGUUUCGCAUCAAGAUCAAUUGUCAGUUUGCUUACUCUUUGCUAGACUCUUCAGGCGAAGUCUCUGAAAGACUAAUAGCAGUAUGUGAAGCUUUGGAUAAAACUGGACUUGGAAUUGCUGAAAAGAUUAAAGAAGUAAUAGAAAAAAAUAGUCUAUCCUGCGAAAAUAUUGCUUUUCAGUCGUACGACUUUGCAAGCAGUAUGUCUGGAAACAUCAACGGGACGCAGCAAAAAAUUUCUGAUCUUGUUGGUCAUGUAAUUUGUUUUAUUCCCUGUCAUGUACACCGAGUUAAUACUUUUUUGGAACACAGCUAUGAUGCAAGUGCAUUAAUUGCGGAUUUAUUUUCGAUUCUUGAACAUUUAUAUGUUUUCUUUUCAUCUAGUACAAAAAGGUACGCUCAUUUAUAAUGUAAAGUAUCUGAGAUAGAAAAUUCGCUUCAAAUAAGAAACCUUUCAAAAACUAGAUGGACUGCUCGAGCAGAAUCUAUUAGAGCAGUAUGGGUAUCUUAUGAGGCAAUAUUAGAAGCACUUCAUGAAAUGUCUUCAAGUUUAAAUUUUGAUAAAAAGACAUGAACACAAGCAUUCGGACUUUCAAAAAAAAUUUUGUCAUUUGAUUUUAUUUUCGCUUUGUACUUUAUGAAGAGCAUUAUGUACAAUAUGAAAAUUUUAACGCAAAAACUUGAAUCAAUAGAACUUAAUGUAAUUGAUGCAUUAUUAUUAUUAAACAGUACAAUUAGCAUUUUAAAAGAAACGAGUAGUGACGAUACAAGCAUGAAUAAUCUUGUAGAAAGUUCAAUACAAUUUGCUUGUAAACUAGGCAUUGAUCCUACUUAUGAGUUUAAUCGAGCUCAUAGGAGAAGAUUGUUACCUAAGAAAUUAGAUUCUAAUUCUAAUUCGCAAGCAACUGUUGACAUGAAAACCUUUUAUAGAGCAGAAUUUAAAAAGGUUUUAGAUAAAUUAAUAACAUUGUCUAUGGAACAUUUAACAAAAUGUAUGUCAACCAUAGAGCCUAUUUUCAAUCUAUUUUCAACGCCAUUAAAAUCAAAUAUCCAUCCAGAAUAUCUAAAAAAAGUAAUUGCACAAUUUCCCCCAGGAAGUUCUGCUUCAAAGUUGACUGACUAUGACGAAGUCUUUUCGGAAUUUUCAAUAUUAGUUCAUCAUUGCUUGGAUAUUUCAAAUUUGAAAGAAAUAUUAAAAACAUCAGAAUCUUUGAAACAUCUCUUACCGAAUGUUAUUAUGAUGCUUCGGUUGGUGUAUACAGCUCCUGUUAGUACUGCAUCUAACGAACGAUCAUUUAGUAAAUUAAAAAUAAUAAAGAAUUAUUUGAGGUCAACAUCGUCUUCCAGCCGCUUACAAAAUUUAAUGUUGUUGAAUUAUAACAAAGAUAUUUUAGAUAAAAUUGAUCUAAAAUUACUAACUGAUAAAUGGUCAAUUUUAAAAGAAAGAAGAAUUAUUGUAUGAAACAUUUUUUAGCAAUCAAAUAAAAUUAUUUGUCGGCAAAUCGAUGACUUUUUUUUUUAAGUCGGCAAAUAUCCCUAUGACACCCCCUAACUUGGCACCUACUCGC